AUGAGACCUGAACGUAUCUUUCCCCUCAUCGUGUCCCUUGUGGUGGUGGCCGGAGCUGGUAAGGGUUCUAGUAUAGGAGGGUUGAGAGAGAACUUUUAUAGGACUACAGGGUGUCCACAAGCUGAGCAGCUUGUGAGGCAAAUUACUUGGAGUAAAGCGCGGAACGACCCUACAUUGGGGGCUAAGCUCCUACGGAUGCACUAUCACGACUGUUUUGUUAGGGGAUGUGAUGCAUCCAUACUUCUGGACACAAUCGGAACCAAUCAAUCUGAAAAAGAUGCGAGACCGAAUCUAACACUGGGUAGAUUCAAAGCAAUUGAUGAUAUCAAAUCUCAAAUAGAGAGAGUCUGCCCAGGAAUUGUAUCCUGUGCAGAUAUUCUUGCAUUGGCUGCUCGUGAUGCUGUUUCUUUUCCUUUUAAGAGACCUAUGUGGGAUGUGCUCACUGGUAGAAGAGAUGGUAGGGUUUCUCUUAUAUCUGAUGUCUCUGGGAACUUACCCUCACCAUUUUCAGAUUUUCAGACCCUUCAAACUCUGUUCGAGAAGAAAAGUCUAAACAUCAAUGAUCUUGUAGCAUUAUCAGAAUUCCCAAAUCGCCUCUUCAACUCGGCAAUUCCAUUCGGCAUUGACAAGAAUUCUGGUGUGACUGGUGUCCCAACCUUCAUUGCACGGUUGUACCAAGAAGAAUUCUGGGUUCGGAUUUGUGACAAUGAGUACAGGGGAAGAAACUGA